AUGUUGGUUAUUGAAGAAAGUGAAGAAAAUAUAAAUAUAGAAGAUGUAUUUAAUCCUGGUUCUGAAGAAAAGACAUCUUCUCGAAUUUUAAAAUCUUUAACAGGUAGGUCAAAAUGGUAUAAAUUUAAAGAACAGAAUGCCUUAGCUGUACAAAGACAUUUUGGAAAGCCACAUUUAUUUAUAACAUUUACGUGUAAUCCAAAAUGGCCAGAAAUAAUAAAUUCAUUACCAAAAGGAUUCAAAGCAACUGAUAGACCAGACAUUGUUGUUAGAGUAUUUUCAUUAUAA